AUGACGACUCCUUCACUGGACCAGCCGUCGACGACUGCGCAGAACAUCCCCCAGGCGACUGCACAGACAUCGCAAACCGCCCCUGGCCACGACACACUAUCCUCGAGCGCCGUAGAGAUGAAGACGCUUCAACCAGCAGCCGGCGCACCUGCGCCCACGACUUCCACCGCGACGGAUUCCGGAGCACCCCAGAUCGCCCCAGUAGAGUUUACAAGCAUCGGAGAAAUUAGCCCGUCACAGAACACACAGCCAGCGGCGUCAUGGCCGGCAACGCUCCCAGCCCGCAACGAGCUGAAUCGGACGGAGACUGAAGCGGCCCUCGGGCCCUCUACAGAUGGACCAGCGGCGAAUCCGGACAACAGCAAUGGCCCGACGGUAGUCAUAAUGCUGCUGCUCACGACGGGCGCUCGGCAUCCGUACAAGAUCGACGAGAAGUACCUGAAGAAGCGCAACGUCACGGUGGAGGAGAUGGAUCCGUACAACAUCAGCAUAUACACAUUGAAGGAGUUGAUAUGGCGAGACUGGCGAGAAGAAUGGGAACCAAGACCGACCUCGCCAAGUUCGAUACGGCUGAUCCACUUUGGGCGCAUGUUGGAUGACAAGUCGCCGUUGACAGACUGCCGUUUCCAGACGGAAGCGCCAAACGUUGUGCACAUGACGAUCAAGCCGCAGGAAGUGGUGGACGAGGAGGAGAACGCCAAGACUGGGAAAAGCGCAAAGACAAGAGACGAUGGCGAGGAGACGACUGCUGGUUGUCGCUGCGUCAUCUUAUAG